ACCAACGACCUGUUUGCGAACCUGCGUCAGCAUUUCAAGGACAUGCUUACCAGUCCCACCUAAAGCUGAUUUUAAAAACCUACCAUUCAUGUUGUAUAUUGGAAGAAAAAAAGAAUAAUGUUCAUUUUUAUAUGUAAUGUGCUAGUCCUUUCAAAAGAAAAAUGAACCAGCCAAACCAGUUUGUCGAUCGGAUGUCUUGGGUACAAAAUAAUUCCCCUGCUGUAUCCAUGUCACCUUUUACCCUCUCAGAUCCGCUUUAAAUCCGUCCUACUCCUAAGUUCCGGGCUGUUCAAUCUAUAUUUCUGCUAAUGGUCUUUUCUCUUGGUUUCGUAAUCGCAACAUCCAUUUGCCUUAAAUACGAGAGCGGGUAGAAACCUAGCUUCAGUACGUUGCUAACAACCAACUGUGGAUCAAUAGUCUCCCCGUCACGUUCAGUAAACUUCUUUUGGUUUAUAUUUUAAACCUAUCAUUGCUUCAACUACGGCAGUUAAAAAGUAACAGUUCAAGGAAUUCUCUACAAUGCUAAGCUGCAAAACAUUCUUCCAGACUUAUGUUAGUCCGAAAAUGAAGACGUUGGUCAUUGUCUUAACUCCACUACUGCUCCUGCCAUUAAUUUUCAAUGGAGCGGAGGCCAGAGCCGGUUACUGUGUCUUACUCAUGACAAUUUUUUGGCUUACGUCGGCACUUCCCGAAGCAGUUACUAGUCUCUUGCCAAUUGUACUUUUCCCGCUGUUGGAUAUUCUAAGUACGUCCGAAGUCUGCGCUCUCUACAUCAAACAAUCCAACAUUGUCUUCUUUGGAGGCGUCGUGCUAGCACUAGGCGUCGAAAGAUCAAAUCUGCACCGUAGAAUUGCACUCAGAGUCAUCCUCACUUUUGGCACCAAUCCUCGAUGGUUGAUGCUGGGGUUCAUGUCAGUUAGUAUGUCGCUGUCUUUGUGGAUCUCCAACUCCGGAGUUACAGCCAUGUUGAUCCCUAUUGUGAAUGCGGUAGUCGAUGAGCUGUUUCAUGACUCCAUGGAUGUAGAAAUGGGAGCCAAUAGCCUGGCGUCUCAACAUUCCUCUAUCGUCACCCUCCAGGAGACGGACAGCUUACUUAGAUAUCUGAUUGUUGAAUUUCGAUAUGACAGCAGUAGAUCGAAUGACAUCAAGCAAAAGGUCAAAGUUCCAUUUCUCAUUGCCGUCAGCUACGCCGCCAGCCUCGGUGGAACUGGCACCUUGAUCGGCUCCGGAGCUCCAUUGGCUUUCAAAGGAAUUUUUGAAGACUUGUACGGUUCGGACACCGGAUUAAGCUUUGCUACUUGGAUGGCCAUUGGUGUACCCGUUGCACUAAUCACCACUCUUCUAGCUUGGAUUUGGCUUCAAGUCUUGUUCGCAGCUGACUUCAAGUCAACUGCAGAUGAUGACUGUGGUAUGAGGAACAAAGAGGACAUCAAGUCGUCCAUUCGCAACCAAUACACAGAGCUAGGACCAAUGACCUACUACGAGAAAUCCAUUCUGUUUCUAUUCGGUUUGCUCAUCGUUUUGUGGGUCUCGAAGGAUCCUCAGUUCAUGCCUGGUUGGGAAGAUCUGUUUCAUCAAGAGAACCGGAUUGGGGACGGCACUGUAGCCAUUGCCGUUGUUGUUCUCGCUUUUAUUCUGCCCUCAGAACCUAAUUUCUUGUGCUUCCGCAAAGCGGGCGAAGAAUCCAGCUCCAGUCCAGCUUUGCUAGAAUGGAGUUACGUUCAGAGAAAAUUCCCGUGGAGUGUUCUUCUUCUUCUAGGAGGUGGCUACGCCAUCAGCGACGCUUCUAAAGUCUCUGGACUGUCUGUUCUGCUUGCCAACUAUCUUUCUUCUUUGGCUACUUUGCCUCCAUUCGCCGUUCUGUUGAUCAUGUGUUUCCUGACCUCUGCUAUUACGGAAAUAGCUUCGAACACAGCAAUCGCGUCCAUCCUGCUUCCCAUAGUAGCCCAGAUUACCGAGGUGGCUAAAUUGAAUCCACUUUACCUGAUGAUGCCCGUCACCUUCAGCUGCUGCCACGCGUUCAUGCUGCCUGUUGGCACACCUUCCAAUGCGAUGGUUUUCUCUGCUGGAAAGAUGAAACCUGGAGACAUGAUGAAAGCUGGAGCAGUUAUGAAAAUCAUCAGCAUCUUUGUUUUAUGCAGCAUCAUGGAGACAGUCGGUGUUGCGAUCUUUGGUCUCAGCAAUUCACAACAGUCUAGCUGUAUCGAAUAAAUAGGCUAGCUGUAUCGAAAAGACUCGCCACUCAGCCGUUCAUCCGCAGGCACCUUCAAUCGAAAAGGAACAAACCUAAAAAGAAAGAAUGUUAUUAUUUCUCCAUCGCUUUCCUCUUCUGCCAAAACAAAAGGCAAAUUCGUCAUUCUAGUGAUUUAAAUCCAUUUAUUCGCAGAAACGUACUAUUGUUAUGCCGGUCAUAAAAAAAAAACUAAAAUGCAAAAGUGAUAUAGUUUGUUUAAAAUGUUAACUUUUACGCUUUGUAAAUAAGGAAGUCAUAAACUUGUUGUGUAAAUAAAUCUGGGGCCACUUAA